UUUGUCGUAUAAUUUGUCUUUUCACAAAACAGUUUACAAUUUUCACAAGAGUUCAAAGUAAAAUUGUUUUACUUUGAAAAAAAUUAAAAGUUGAUAACAAUUAAAAGAACUUAUAAUAACAACAAAAUAAAGAAAUGGCUUCUGAUUUAAAUGAAAGACAGCAAGAAGUCGAUGAAGAUAUGGAAGAAGUUGUAACUAUGGUGGAUGUUCUUCAAGAAGAACAAGAUCUUGAAGAAGAUACUAAAGCUGUAUUGGGUGCUAGUGAUGCACAAAAUUGUACUUACAAUAAGGGCUACGUAAAACGGCAAGCUUUAUAUGCAUGCAUGACUUGUAUUCCACAAACAGAAGAGGAUGAUCUGGGACAAUUAGCUGGUGUAUGUUUAGCAUGUAGUUACAAAUGCCAUGAAGGUCACACUUUAAUUGAAUUGUACACAAAACGUAACUUCCGUUGCGAUUGUGGAAAUUCAAAAUUUGGAUCGAAAAAAUGUAGUUUCAUUGAUGAAAAAGAUGAAUGCAAUGAAAAUAAUGUGUACAAUCAAAAUUUUGUUGGUUUGUAUUGCAUUUGUAAACGACCAUAUCCUGAUCCUGAAUCAAAUGUCAGUGAUGAAAUGAUUCAGUGUACAAUAUGUGAGGAUUGGUAUCAUUUUCGACAUUUAGAAACAAAUGAGAAAACUGUACCAGAAAAUUAUGGUGAAAUGGUAUGUCAAUGUUGUAUGGACAAGUAUCAAUUUUUGAAACAAUAUUCAUCGAUGAUUAUCGGCUACGAGAAUAAAAAAGUACAAGAUGAAAACGUGGAAGUGGAGAAGGUUGAAGAGCAUGAGAAAGAUUGCAAAUUACCGAAUGGAAAAAUUGAAGAAAAUUUUGCAGCGUUUAUGGUUUCAAAUUGGCGACAACAGCUUUGUCGAUGUGCAGGUUGUAUUGAAAUGUAUGAAGUGCACGGCGUUGAAUUUAUAAUCGAUGAAGAAGAUAGUGUUCAAUUUUAUGAAGAAAAGGGUAAAGCAUCGCAAAUGACUUCACAGUAUGAAGCUGGUAUGGAAGCAUUAUCAAGUUUAGAACGUGUUCAACAAGUUGAAGCUAUUGCUGAAUAUAAUGAUAUGAAAAAUCACUUAAAAGAAUAUUUACAAAAGUUUGUUGAUAAUAAGAAAAUUGUUAGAGAAGAAGAUAUACGAGAAUUUUUUUCAUCAAUGUCAGCUAGAAAAAGACAACGUGUUGACUUACCUUCAUUUUGCCGUUAAUGUUAAUUUUUUUUUAUUGUAUUUCGUGUGAGUUGAUCAGACAACGUUUUUAAGUAUUUAUGGAAAAUUUUGAAAAAUUUAUUGAUAAAC